AUGCUCCUCGCCCCCAACCUCCUCCGCCGCGCGCGCGCACCACCCGGCGUCCCGCCCCGCCGGCACCUCUCCCGCCUCCUCGACCGGUACGGCUUCGUGGCCCCGGCCUCCCUCACCCCGGCCCCGCGAGAACCUCCCAGCGACUCCGCCGCCGCGAAGAAGCGCCGUGCGAAGAAGCCGCCCUACCGCCUGCCGUCGUCGCUGGACCGCGGCGGCCGUCCGCCCGCGCACUCCGACCUCCCCUUCGACUUCCGAUUCAGCUACACCGAGAGCACUCCGGCCUCCAAGCCCAUCGGGCUCCGCGAGCCCAGGUACUCGCCGUUCGGCCCCGGGCGGCUCGACCGGCCCUGGAGGGGGCUCUGCGCGCCCGCCGUCGACGCUACCCUUCGCGACGUCGAGGCAGAGGAUCCCCUUCCCGACGCCGAGAGAGGGCUGGAGGAGGCGCGCCGCCGAGAGCGGGAGCGCGUGCUGGGAGAGCCGCUCACCCCCGCGGAGCGUGCAUUCUUGGUCGACAAGUGCCAGAAGAACCGCACCAAGCGACAGAUCAACCUUGGGAGAGAUGGGCUUACUCACAACAUGCUAAACGACAUUCACAAUAACUGGAAGACCUGCGAGGCUGUCAGGAUAAAAUGCCUCGGUGUGCCAACGGUUGAUAUGCAAAACGUGUGUCAUCAGCUUGAGGAUAAAACUGGUGGCUUGAUCAUCCACAGGCAUGGUAGCCUGUUGAUACUGUACAGGGGUAGGCAUUAUAAUCCAAAGAAAAGACCUGUUAUUCCGUUGAUGCUGUGGAAACCUGCUGAACCUGUUUACCCAAGGCUGAUCAAAACAACAAUAGAAGGGCUGACAGUUGAGGAGACAAAGCAAAUGAGGAAGAAGGGCCUACAUGUUCCUGUUUUGACAAAGCUUGCCAAGAACGGAUACUAUGCUAGUCUUGUGUCAAUGGUCCGGGAUGCAUUUUUGAUGGAUGAGCUGGUACGAAUAGACUGUAAAGGAUUGCCAAAAAGUGACUAUAAGAAGAUUGGAGUCAAGCUCAGGGAUCUUGUUCCUUGCAUUCUUGUCUCAUUUGACAAGGAGCAAAUUAUUGUUUGGAGGGGAAAGGAAGAUGGAAGCCUACAAGAUCAAACACAGAAGCCAUUCCUUUCAUUUAUUGACUCGGAUGGUGCAUCAGUGAAGGAUGAGACUGGUGAUCAGGAACAAAUACCAAAGGAUUGGUCUUCUGAUGAGUGUUCUGGGACCAGUAGCUCUGAUGAAGUGCCAAAUGACGAACCAGUAAUUUCUGAGCUAGACUCUUCCAGGUCGAUCUGA